AUGGUGGAUGUUGACAUGGCUAAUAUUCAGAAGAUAAAUACAUCUACUUUUGUUACUUCUGAUAGCAGGAAUUUUCAUAUUAUUGGCUUAAUUCCAGAAGUAAUGUUGGCACGAGUUCUUAUGGAUGGUAAGAUAAUCCAAAUCUACAGCGAAAUUCCAAAAUUUGGAGAAAGAGCUAUUCCACCUGCUCUUCAAGCCAUUCUUGAUGUUGGUGAUGCUCCAAAAUGGGUUGGAGUAAAAAAGAAAGAAAACUCAGUUGCUGAGGUACAAUCUACGAAAUCUAAAGCUCCAAAGAAGAGACAAACAAAGAAAUUUAAGCCUACUAUUUUCAAUGAGGAGUCGGAUGAUACUUUAACCGAUGUCCGUAUCAAUGAUGAUAUUCAGACUGGUGAUACUACUACGAACGAGUGUAAGAUUCCAAAGCAUACACCAGGGCAAGAAGUUCAUAAUGAAACUCCAAAGGUAUCUACUCCCAUUCCUACUACUUUUGUUUCUACUUUUGUUGAGAAUCAGUCAGAGGAAAAUAUUUACCAAACUGCUUUGGAAAAUCCUAUUUUGAACCUAUAG